GCCGCCAUUUGUUCGAGCCGGUCCGUCUGUCUCAGCCGUUCGUCGCGCGCGCGUUUUUGUGUGUGCACCGUGUGUUGUGUACACCCGACAUUAUUGUUGACUGUUGUUAAUAUUCCCACAGACCGUGAGCGAGCGUCCGUGAGUGUAGGUACGUCGUUUGUGCCCGUCCCCGUCCGUCCGUGCGUUUGUUAUUAUUAUUAUUAUUUUUUUAUUUUCGAGUGUAUCGUCGUUUCGGAAAAACCAUUCGAGUGUUGGUUUUUUUUAUUUUUACCGGCUGACAAUGUGCUAAGACCCCCGUCGUCAACACCCCCAGCGCGUUCUCUUCCCGCCAGUACCCGCAACCGCUUUUACCUUAUAACAUCGCGUAGUUUUUUAUAUUAAUAUCGUCCGAAAAUGCCUUGUUCCGCGGUCACGCUGUCGCUAGCCACCAUUACGGCCAUCGUGGCCACGGCCCUGUUGGCCAUCGCCUUUUCCACCGACAACUGGGUGUACUACGAGGUCAGACGGAAUCAGAUACAGGUGAGCGUUGUUGUUGUUGUUGUCGUUGUUGUAUAGUUACUCCCGAAGUUGCUUAACCGAACCUGACUUAACACGCGCAUGCAGCACCCGGACCGUUUGUAUUGUAAUAUAAUUUAGGUUCUCGACCCGGCCGGGAUUUAAGACGUGCGGUCAGCGUCGCACCGGAGAAGAUAAUAAUAUAAUGCCUCGAACCCGAACAAUGAAGGCAAAUAAAUUAAUCUAUUCGGUCCGCCAUUGUACAAUGGAAAGACUACGCGCUUUUCUUUAAAAUAAUAAUUUUUUUUUUUUCUUCAUUAUUAUUCACCGGAUACAUAAUAGGUGCCUUAAACGCCGCCGACCAAGAACACCCGCCGGUCGAUUCCCACGGGGGAAUAUCGAUAAGGUUAAUAAUAUUUUCGUCGACCACUGUCAUUGUUGUUAACCUACUAUACCUAUAAUAACUAACCAUAAUAGCCGGUAUCGAUAUUAUGGUUCGGGUAAAAUGUUGGUCAACCGAAAAUCCAUUUGAUACAAUAUUACGAUCACAAUUCUGUUGCAUUAGAAAAGGACAUCGAAUACGAUUUUCGACAUCCGAACAAAUCGAUUUGAAACCUGGGCCACAACGCACGCGUUUUGCGGACGUUGCCCUUGGCGCGAACUGCUACAGACCGCAAACGGCACGGAAAAACUGAAUACUGUGCAACGUAUUAUUAUUAAAUUUAUUAUUAUUAAUGUGUCGGAAAUGCAAUCGACGUUUUAUAUCAUAGGAGAGAGCUGGUGUACUGACACAUAUCGUAUUAAUAAAAAAAAAAAAAAUUCCGUAGAGCUAUUUUUACGAGGAGUUUCCUUAUGGCAGUGGAGGGGGGUUAGGGGUCAAUUGAUCCCCUCUGUAAUCGCACAAUUGGUCGAAUUGAUCUUAAAUCAUUAUUUUUAACGACCUCGUCAAAUGUCUGACAUUAAUCAUGUUACUUCGCAUACGAUUUUUUCACGUGUGAGGGGAGGGGGGAGCAGUCAUAUAAUUAUUUUAAACAAUUGUUUAUGGGGAAAUUAAGCCAAUCCUAAACUAUUCUUUAAGGAGCUUUCCAGAUGUAAUUUCCGGCGAAAUUACUGUAUAUUUCGAAAAAGUUCUAUAAAAUCAAAUGAUAUCUCUGCAGUUCACUUGUUACCCAAAAUCGCUUCAAAAAUACAAACAAAUAAAACGCUACGGGAGGAUACGACUAAAAAUACUAUUAAGAUAUUUUUAUAUCAACAAUACAAAUAAUUUAAGAACUUUGUGUUACUUUACAGCUUAGCAGUCGUGAUAUACGAUAGUUGAAGGAUACCUAUUAAAGUUGAAGGAUAUUACAAUUGCAGUACGAGGGCGGGGAAUUAUUAUGUGCAGUAUAUAGAUGGACAGUAGUUUAGCACAGACAGCUUACGAAUAAAACAAAAAAACACAAUUCAUUAUUGUAUCAAAGUCAAGUGGCCUCUCGAAACCGGGCAAUUAUUGGUGUACUUAACCGCUUUUAAAACAUCAAACCCACCGCGCGCAGUGCUGAAAUCCUAGAAAAAGUCACCGGUGGCAGCAUUCCGGGUUAGGUUUUGAUUGCGUCCGGUGACAUCGAAAUAAUAAUUUUAACACUGUCUAUAUUAAUAUAUCUGGUGGGCCGGGAUACAUCAUGUCAGCCCCCUCGUUUUUCACUCGUAUUUAUAUAAGUAUAAUUAUAUUUGAUGAAACAACAGAAACGCUGAGAGUUAUUCCAGCAUAUAUACUCGUAUUAUACACAUCAUUCACAUCGAUGUACCCAACCAAAUAUAUUUAGGUACCAGGUGCCAGGUAGAUAAUAAUAAUAAUAUGUUUUCAUUAGAAAGUUAUAUUUUUCAAAAUACACGGCGUUUAUCGUCCGCACCAUCACAAGGUCUAAAAAUAUGUCAGAUUAUUAUUAUAAUAUUAUUUGAAUAAUUAAAACCGUCUCACACAUCAUUGUUAUGUGUUUCGGUACCACGUUUCUAUUUUUGUUAAAAUAUUUAUACACAAUAUUAUGAAUAAUAAUGGUACCUACAGUAUAUUUAUGCGUUUACAUCAUUAAAACCGAAACGUUUAAAAAAAACACAAAUAAUGAUACUCACAACACUCGCAUGUACUUAUAAACGUUUUCAACGAUCUCUGUGGUCUACAAAAUCCAAAAAUAAUACAAAGUGUGAAGGUAUCGAUACUUUUUUUGUUUUUUAUUUUUACUUCCUUGUUCAAAAUCAAAUAACUUUGGAAUAUUAUUAUAAUGCUUCGUAUCAAGGUCAGCUCAAUUACAUUUUUACAGUUAACUCGUCUAUAAUAUACGUGUUUCGUUUGGCAUAUAUUAUUAACGUAAACCAGUGUUGUACCUGGUAGGUAGGUAUAUCGAGUAAAUGAAUAAUAAUUCGUCUCUCAUUUCGAAUUUGAAAAACCGGUUUAGAUGAUUUUGUAAACAUUAUCCGCGGUUGGGAUUAUAAUGUAUUAUAUACUCGUGUAAUAUUAUACAUGUAUGUACAGGUACUGCUAGAAUUCUACAGAUGUAGGAAAUAAAUGUUUAAGAAAAAACUGCGGAAGAAUGACUGAAAAAAAAAUUUAUAUUCUCUAAUUCAUAUCGUGUACCUAUCUUUCCCAGCGAAGAAGUGAGUAAGUCAAAUUUGUAGAGUUUUCAAUGCAAGUAAAUACAAUUUUAAAAACUGCUAAAUAAUUGUAUAAUUGCUAACCUAAAUAUGGCGUUCUAAAUGGCUUAAGUAGGUAAUAUAAUUGUGUGACUUAUGACUUUUAACCAAACAAAAAACACAUCAUAGUGGUUUAAGAUUGUUUAAUUUUUAGUAUAACACAUGUUAGAAUAUGCAUAUAGACGAUACGCUUGUGCCAUUUAAUUUAGACCAAAUGACUAUACUAUAAAACACUCUUAAGCAGUGGAAGUCCUCAACUAGGGUCGAAUAUUUCUUCAGCAUACUUGUCGACGUUAAAAUAUUUCAUAAUUUUUUUUAAAAUUUUCUUUCAAUAGUUAUGGUGACCAAAACAGUAUUAAUUUUUUAUCUGCAGGGAUAUUAAAAACCCGGUAUCUAGGAAACAUAAUAUUUGAGCACAUAAAUGGUUGGGACGGGGUUUGAAAGUUGAAACUCCCAAAGGCACAUCUUUGAUACUUAAACUAUACAUAUUUAACUUAAAUACCUAUGUUUUUUUUUACACUUAGUCACUUUUUACAUGACGGUGACCAUAUAUUAAUAUUAUUAUUGUUUAUUUUUUCGAAAAGAUAAUGGGCCCCACUGAAUAGGUUCGUGUGGGGACCCAUGAGUUCACAAUUUAUUAUAAGAAAACUAUUACAUUCAAAUAAUAAUUUAAAUUUAACUUUUUUUUUACAAUUUUAGACUUAAGAAAUUAAUUUAAACAUAUGCAAUGUAGGUAACAAUAAUUAAUACAUGUAUAAUACAGUUUGAUAAAAUAAAAAUGCAAGCAACUAGAUUAAAGAUAUACAAAUAUUUAAAGUUUUAAAUUUGGAUCAUUUUGCAACCAGUUAGUUAUUUUUAGUUUUUUUUAUAUGUCUAUAAUAAACACAAUACAAGGCAAUAGUUUCUAUUUCCGGAAAAAAUUGAUAAUAAAGGGAAAAUAAGUACAAAAAACAAAAUUAUAUAUAUAAAAAAAAUGCCAAACAUUUGACUAAGCCCCACUUUUCUGGGAUUAGAUAUAUCUCUGUAAAGAUACGAUAGUCAAUUACAAUAUUAUUAUUAAUUAUAAUAAUGUGCGAAAAAAAAUCUUUGAAUUUAUUAUAAUUUGUUUUGGUGGGGAUUUUAUCAUUAAUUUAAUAUUGUUGCUUGAUUUUAUAAAGGUUACGAAAGUAAUAUUAUACAUACAUAGCAGUUAAUUAUGAUUCUAAAAAAAAAUUUUACUAUACAGAAUAAUAUUAUUUCACAAGAAUAUAAUCAGUUUUCAAUUUCAUAGUAUUUAUAAUAUUAACAUUCACGGUGAUUCCUUAAACUAAUUUCUCCGAUAUGGAUUUUAAAUUUAAAAAAAAAAAAAAAAAAAACGAUCAUUAUUCAUAUAAAUUAUAUUGAAUUUUUACAUUUACGAGUAUCUACAUAAUUGAAUAAAUACAUAUUUUACUUUGUGAUGACUGCUUGCGUCUCUCCAGCCAUGCGUUCAAGCCCCCCUCACCUCGUUUGGGAAAUACUACUUUAACAUGAUAAUUUUAAGUAUAUGUAUAUCUAUCUAAAAAGUUUAAAUUAUCGUUUUUCGUAUAAGCAUUGAAAGCUGACAUACUUUUUAACAUGAUUUUUUUUUUGUUAUCUGUAGUAUUUUUCACAGAUAUUUUGUAAUUUCCUCCGUACUUACUAGAUUAUACGCGGUAUAAACAUUUUAUUUAUACAGAAAUCAUUGAUAAUCCAUUAUUUUUUUAAUAUCUGAGUGAUAAAGAAAAUACUCUGAUUAAAAAAGAAACAUUUAGAGGAAUUUUUAUUGAGUUUAAGCUGAAUUCCGAUAGAUUUUGAAAAUAAUUACAUUACUUGUUUAAUAAUGUUAUAGGUUCUUUAGGUCAGAAUAAAAAAUUGUUUGUGGUUUUAUUUUCGUGUUUUAAUUAUGCCUAUUCGUUAAGCAUAUUUAUUAGGUUGAUACUCUUUUUUUCACAUUAUAGAAAUUAAAAUAGAUGAAAAAUAUCUAAUUUUGUAUUUUUUUUCCCGGGUAAUAUAGGUAUGUAAUGUAAAAUUUCAUUUAUCGAGGUUAUUGCAUUUAAUAUAGGUAGGUACGAUUUCGAUUCAUUAAUUGGUUUCACGCUAUAGAAGCACGUCUAUAUAACAUUUACUAUAUUAUAUAGUAUAUAUAAAUUCGCGCAUUACUCGCAAUAUUAUACGAGUAAUAAUAGUUUAGUUUCCAGUUGCAAGUAUGUAAUGUAUAAUAAGCGAAUAAAACAGAUACGUCUGCACGUAAAAUUGGAACGAGAAAUCGAAAAUUCUCAAAUGUUUCGUAUUUUUCCGUUUUAUUAUUCGCGUUUAUCGGAUCGUUCAGUUCCCGAGUCACACCGCACGUCUACAACAUGUAGGUAUAUGUUUGACAUUCCAGCGUCGGCUAUAUCCCCGUCUCUCGGCUCGUUUAUAUGCGUUAGAUACGAACAAUAAUCUAUUUCGAAUAUUAUAUAUAAUAGCUCGUGACAAAUAUAAUAUAUUUUUAUACGCGAUAUUAUACUAUCUGUCGUCGUUACAAGAGAAAUCCGGACGAUUAUGAUGAAAUAGUAUACUCGUAAAAGUUCGUAGACAGGAAAAGUCUCGGGAGUAUCAACGCGAUAACAUACAAUGUUGACCGAAUAUCUUAAUAAUUUUUUACGUUGUUUUUUUGACGUGUAUUUGUUUUUAUUUCACAAUGACCUCACUAUUACAAUAUCGGAGACUCGAAAGUUUCGAUAGUUUUAAUUUAAUUGUCUCUCUGUAUGCACAGCCGUUUCGAGCAGCUAUAAUCUUUUUGAUCGUAUACAUAUAUUAUAUACUUAAUACUUAUUUUAUGUGUUUAAACUCGGUGUAAUUUAAUGACGAUUUGAGCGUACGAUUAGUUUUGAAAUUAUAAAUUGUACAGUUAUUAUAAAUGUAUACUUAUAACUAUGGUAUGCAGUACUUACCAUAUAGAUUUAUUAAAGAACUAUAGAUAGCUAACUCUAUGAGUAAAAUUGGGAAGCCUGGUAGCUGUAUAGUAUAUACCAAGACAGAGGCGGAUAUCUGGGUGAGAGCCACCCACCCCUUGUAGUUUUCGUCACUUUAUAUUUAUACUCUAUUGAUCAAAAUUUGUUGUUUUAAUAGUUACGCGGUAUAUUUUGGUAUCUGGUAAAUGUAUAUUCUAAAUAUGAAAUACCUAAUAUGCAUAAACUGUAGAAAAAGGGUAGGAUUUGAACAGGAGCUUACUCAGGAAUUUUCAAUGAGUAGGGUUGUAGGGAAUUUUUUUCAAUGAAAACCAUCAUAAUUUGUAUUAAUAUCAAUUUCUGUGCUGAUUAGAGAAAUACAUUUCCAACAAGGAUAAUGGGAAGGACUCAAACCUAUGACUUCUCCUGUUUAUUUUAAAUUCGUCCCUCUAAAACUAGGAUAUAACCGCCAUUAACCAAAAUAACAAACUGUAUAUUGAUUGAUAAAUACAUGCAUUGUGGUGAUAUGAAAACUAUUCCAAACCUAUGCAUCAAGUCCACCCUGGUUCUAUACCAUCACAUAAUUUAUCGUAUAAACAAUUAUUUCAUGGGUCAAAUAAAUACAAUUUGUCCUCUAGACAUAAUAUGCAAGCUACUAAACUUAUACAAAGCCCGGUCCAUUUUUUAUCCAUAACACAAACAAUAAUAUGAGUAUAUCCCGCCGCUUAAUAUGCGUUUUUUUUCAGUUAAGUACAGGAAGUAGGUAUAAUCCAGUAUACUAUAGUAAUAAAUUGUUAACGACACUAUAGGCACUUAAUACUUUCGUAUUUGCUUUACGCGGUUUGCAGCAAUGCCUAUACGCUAUUGUUUACGCGGCUCAAAAGGCCGAACAAGUAGAAAAAUUCCGCGACGGCGGCGUUCGAAAUGAAAGUUUUCCGUUCCAAGAUUAUCGCCAACGGCGGUGGCGACGCGUAUUUAGUUGCGCGAGGUCGUUUACCCGCCCGACCGGUGCACGUCUGCAAAUAUCAUUGACCGGUACGCGCGAGCGCGAUGAGAUUCGUCGGGAUUUAUAAUAUUGUAGAAAAUGGUCAUCGCCUUAUAAUAUUGGGUACUGUUUUGUCGAUUUCUAUCACGAAUCCCCCCCGCGGUAGAUACCUAUGAGGAUACCAUUAUUAUCCACCUCUGGGGAUCUAUUAUUAUUGCUUUCGACGGAUAUAAAAUGUAGACAAAAAGAAAAAAAAAAAACAACCGAACAAUCCCAGAUAAAACUUUUAUUUAAGCAUUUAUAUAUAUAUAUUUAUUAAGUACAUAGACGUAGGAUUUCCCGCGAUUAUUAUUAUAAUAUAGAUUUUACCGGACGUAAGACGAGAAACUAUACAAUGAUUGUUGUCAAUUUAUAUUUUUUUUAUAGUAACUAUGUACAUAUUAUUAUAACAGUCGUUGUUGUUUUAUAUUUUGUUACGCUUCGAUUAAAUUUACUACCUAUUUAUAUUAUUAUUUCAUCUGGCAUUAAAUUCAAUAAAUAAAAGAAAAAAUAAGAAAGAAAAAGAAAAAGGAAUCCAUUUUAUACCUUUUUUUUUUUUAAUCUGAAAAUCUGACGAAAGUAAUAAUAUUGUUAUUUUUUUUUCUUUCCGUCGAGCCGCGGUGAAAACAAUAAUAAUAUUAUUUAAUUAUAAUUUUUUUUAUACAGUAUUACUGUAAUAAAAACUUUAUGGAAACUAAAUAAUUGUGUUGCGCUCGUAUAAAACAAAUUUUCAAUUCAAUAAGAUCAACGAUUUAACAAAAAAACUAGACAACUUUCCUUUAGGAAAGAUGCUACUCUCGAAAUUUGGACCAAAAUUUCUGGUAGAGAACAAAAUCCUGGCGCUGUAAAUAUUUUCUCGUUUUUCUUGUACGUUUUUCCCCACUUUUUAUGAAAACCGUUAGGAAAAUAAAAAAAAAGAAACAUCCUCAUUGUAUCGAUUUCUUGGCAUUUUAUGAUUGGAGUAAGAUUUAUUGUAGAAAAUUUGUUUAUAGAUAUAAACUAAAUAAACUCACAUCAUAGCAAAAAUAACAUUAUGUUUGUAUCGACGAUCACAAUGAGUGCUUAAUUUUAAUAUUUAUAAAAUAAUAAAAGAUACAUUAUAAUAUUUGUAACAGUAUUGCCGAACAAGCAAACUAUCAUAUAGGGCGGUUCAUUUAUCACGGAUCAACUAAGGCCGAAUUAAGGGUCCAGUGGGGGGCACACCGGGGACCGGGGACGAUCAUCUCAAAAAAUGUGAAGUCUUUUUAUAAAUUGUAUGCACAUUUUUGUACUACAACGGUUUUAAACAAAUAUUUUAUACUUAUAAUAUCAACGAUAAACUCAUACAUUUCGAUGUUUCAAGUUAGUGUACUUAUUUUUUUAUUUUUUUUUGUAAAACGUUUUCUCUCACUAUAUUAUCGGAAUAAUAUAUAUAUAUACAUAAUUUAAUAAUAAUUAAAUAACACUCUCGUAAUAAUUGUACCUAUAAGUUACAACAAUGAGUUGUUUUUGUUUUUUUUUUUUUUGAAAAUCGUGUAAUUAUAUUGCUAUAAACGAGAAGCUCCGUGAGAACUACGUAAAUAAUAUGGAGUUCUCACUUUCGUGUUGUUUUUAUUUUUUUCAUCUGUUCUCCUCUCAAAAGGCAAUGAACAAUUAUUCGUAUUUUUUUUUUUUCAUCAGCAAGUGAAACUGUUUUUUUUUUUUUUUUCAUUACGUGGUAAGUAUAAGUACAAGUAUGAUAUUAUAUUGUACGACCGAGAAUGUCGUUUUUAUAGGUAUAUUUAUUAGUUGGCUGGUAUAAAAGGAAAACGGGGGGGGGGGAAGAAAGAAUUCCAACCGCGUGUGUAUAGGUAUAUAAUAUGAUGAUGGAAACGUGAAUGUUAUAAAUGGCUAUAUGUUCCCAGUCGCGAAGCAAACGUCGUCGUACAGGAUAGAGAAUAAUAUUAAGUAUAAUAUUAUGUUGUUUACAAGAAAUGCAUGAUUUCGAAAAUUAAUGGAUACCUAGGUACUUUCUGGACGAGCUGAAUACCUUUUACGGGACUUCGAAUUGAAUGGAAAAAAGCCGGACAUACAUAUCGCAUUUCGCAACAAAUUAUUGUCUUGUAAGCGAGAAGUUUGGAAGGUAUUGUUGCCGGAUAUAUCCGUUGAUUUAGUGUAUACUGCAUAGUGAAAGCAACGUGAUUAUUGCGGUAAAAAAACGAUUUUGAACGGAGCUCUGAAGUAAACCGUGAUAGCAUAGAAACCAAUGAAAAUCAAAUAACCAAUGUAUGUAUUUGCUGUCGGUUUUUUUUGUUGAAAAAUUUAAAAAUAUCCAAAUGCUACCAGAAGAAAAAAUUGCGUCUAUUGAGGUUAGGUAUGGCGCGAAAAAAUCAAACCAUUUUUACUAACCAAAAAACCGUAUUCUAUUCGGAAUUUAUUAUAUUGGACGAUUCUCGAAUUGUAUUCGCGGAAAAUUAAGAGAUAUACAUGUAUUAUAUCAUUUUAAUUUUUUCUACUUACGCCAGCGUAACGACUAUAUUAUAUAGUAAUUUAUACACACAUAGUGUUCCGUUAAUAAUCGUAUUUUCAAAAAAAAAACUGUAAUUUACCGUUUUAAUCAGAGGUUUCAUUCGAAUUAAUUAUGGAGGAAAAAACAACAAAUUAGUUAAUCUCUACUAUAUAACUACGCUUGAUGUGGAUGGUUCGACUUUUACUCGAUGUUUAAAAAUAUAUAAUAUAUGAAUAUAGUAACUCACAGGGAUUUUGGGCAUUAGUUCAUUUUUUUUUGCUCGGCAUAAUGGAAAUUUAUGCAAUUAAGGUAGGUACUUAUAAUAUUUAAAAUAUAAAACAAUUUUAAAUUGCUCCGAUGAUUUUUUCUAAAAAAAAUCCAUUUUUUAUGUAUUUGUCCACGAUAUACGUGUGUUAUAAAAAUAAUUUUACCUUUUGUGUUUUUUAUCUAAUAUAGUGGCGCUGGUUAUUGGCGGAUCUAGAGGAGGGGCGAUAAGCGCGACCGUUCACCCGUUCACUCUUCGAUAAACUCUUAGUUGGAUUCAUUAUUUUGAGCUCAUCAUGAAUAAGCUUAUGAACAUCAUGAACAACCUUAUAUGUAUUUUCAAAAUCGCCCCCUUCUCUUAUCCGGAUCCGCCCUUGGCGCUAUUUACAGUACCCAACUCGUAUAGUUUUUUGUUAUUUACACUUUCCGGUUUUUAAUUUUAUAGCUAAGUGAGCGGGCGUCCAAGUUUUGAAAUUGAUUUUUGUUUGGGUUAUUUUGAUGAUUUUAAGCGUCCGAACUUUCUUUUACAUAGAUAAUUCCAUCUCAAUAGUUUAUAUGGAAUUAUAAGUCCAAUCGUUCAAACAUACUCAUUCAAAAUUCUUUAGCCCGCCGCGCCGUUUCACAGCGUGCCACGAUUAACUAUCGAUUUUGCCGCAACGUAAAAUAAUAAUGUAAUAACACAUUAUUAUAACUAUGUUUUCACAUGGUUUUUAUAGUUUUUUUAAAAAAAAAUCGUUUAGACCACGCUAUAAACGGAUCGGUUUUUUCGCGAUUUUCAAAAUUUCCAACGAAACAAAACAAUACAAUUUCGUAACUAUAUACGGCGUCGGCGGUGUGGCCGUUAUAAUGUUUAGCUGACACGAGAACAUUAUUAUCACGGAUCGUGGUUGAUAGCCGUAUAAUAAUAAUAAUUAUUAUUAUUAUAUCGGAUUUAGCCGUUCUGUGUCAACUACCUAUAUAAUCCGAACCGACCAAAUUCCUCGAACAUAAAAUAUUAAUGAUCGCCAAUAUAUUAUACGGGACGCCCAUAAGAGAAUUUCCGGGUUUUGAUUUGAUAUAUUUUCAAAACGGACAAAAUCUACUUCCUGCCAUUUGCUGCAUUCUCAGUACCAAAGAGUUCCGGAACAAGCAUUUCAACACGUUGGGACCCCUUCUAACUGACAUCCAUCCGUCUGCCAGUACCUAAGUGAAAAUUUGCCUAGGAAUUGAAUUGACUAAUCAGGCCCUCAAGACACGAUCAUUACGUUCCUGGUUCUCGAGGGUCAACCGGUCAAGACUUUGUGAUUUUUUUUUUAAUCGGGGGUUUUGCGAUGAAUGAAAACGACAAAAUGUAAAUACCACCAUUUCAAAUACGGAUUAUCAAUGAACCAAAGUAACGAAUCAUUAUGGCCGUGAAUAUGAUGGUCACACCAAGAUAUGACUAUGGAGCCGUGGAACGAAUUAGAUAGAUUGAUUUUGUUUUGAAAACCAAAAAUUAAAAAAAUUACAAUGUGCACAGUAAAAACUGUUUCAACUGUUCAACAGGCUAGUUAAAAUCAGUCAUAAUAAUCGAUUGCCAUUAUGACCAAAAUGAUAAAAUAAAAUUUAAAAACUCGAUUAUGUAUAUAUAAUAUAUAUGUAUUUAUAUGAUCAUAGCAUUGUAUUACAAUCAAUGUGCCAUAUUUUUAUCACUAAAUCGUGACUUCAAUACAUAUAGAAAAAAUAAAUUUACAUUGUAUUAAAAAAAUAUUUCAAUAAUACAGUAAUGAUAUUAUAGAUAACAAAUCUGUCUAAUAUAACCAAAAAUAACCGUCAUGAUAUCUGUAUAGUCAUUAUACAGACAUGAUAAUCGAUACAAAUUAGUCCAUAGUAGAAUAUAAGAAUUUCCCCGGACCUUCAAUCUAAGGUUAUUACACCCGAUAUGUCACUAUAACCGGUGACAUUAUAAUCGAUAUCUACUGUGUACAUCGAUUUUGGUUGGUGGUGGAUUUUUGCAUCAUUUUCUUGUUUGUAAAUAUGAGUAGUUAUUCAAAACCCGGACAUUAUAUUUUGGGCACCAUGUAAUAUUAUCAUCGGUACUACGUGUGCUUAUAAUAUUUUGUAAUAACGUGCAGUUCGAAUUAAAAAGUAACGUGAUACCAGCUAUUAUUGAUUUGCUACUAGGUAUACGGGAUUACGGACAGAUUCACGGACGCCUGGCGUGAUGAAUACGUGCGUUUAAAAAGAAAAAAAGAAAUAAAUAGAUUUGGCGGUAAGAUUAGAAAAAAAUCAAACUGUCGAUCUCAUCUGCUAUACCUACUGUAGUUGCAGGUGGUAUGAGUUUCUGUUGCGGCUUUACAUUCAUCGACGGUGAUUUAUGAAUAUUUUUGGGUGACGAAGACGUGUAAUUCGAUACGAUAUUCUGCCCGUCAUCUUGAACUUGAUUGUAAUAUAUAUAUAUAUAUACAUAGAGACGUGUGUUUAUUGCAGGGUAACUGCAGUGCAAUAACCCGAUAUAGACCGUCUAGAAUAACGAUAAUUUCCAACGCACCUCGAUCGUAGGUUAUCUAUUAUAAUAUAAUACUACCGGCCAGAUAGCGUGUUUCGAUUAGAAGAAAAAAAAUUAGAAAAACACCGAUGAUAAUUCAUUAUACUAUGCUGUUUAAUAUAUCGCAUUGAACGACGACGGAACGACAAAUUUGCAUCGUAAUCAUCGGUCCAAAACGGUGUCGUUGUAUUUUUGAGUAUGUAUAUACAAGACGAACAAAAAAAAAAGAAAAAAAGUCUGCGAUAAUUGUUUACGCGUACAAUAAUUAUUGCGUCUUUAUGCAUUCGUAUUUUAUAAUUUUUCGUCGAAAAGACAAUAAUAUUGUAUUUAUUCCUAUACCGUUCAAAUAUAUGGACAACGCGAAAUUUACAGUAAUAGAAACGACGAGAUGCCAAAAAUAUGUAUAAAACCUAUUGUCGUAAUUUUAAUUUUAAAUCUCCUUUUUUUAUAUCCGCGACGAUUUAGUUUUAGUUUCAUAACUUUUAUAUCAUAUACUUUAAAGGAACGGGAUUUUCCGUCAAGUGAUAUUAUUCGGACUUUUUUCUAGAUUCCCAAAAGUUUUAAAUAAAAAUGUAUCGGUAUUGUAGGUAAAUCUAUAAUGAGUAAAGAUCUGCAAUUUUGAACAUUUCGAAGCCGGAUUUCAAAAUAAUUUUAUAAUAGUAAUAAAUAAUUAAAUUUAUAUAUGUGUGACUGGGAUUUGAAUUUUAAACUUUGUGUUGAUUUUUACAGUCAGCGAGGGAUUUUAAACUUUUUCAAAUGUAUCUAUUAAUAGAUGCCUCUUUUUUAGAAAACGUUUUAUUGAAAUUAUAUCGAUGUCUGGGAGUCCAGACCCCUGGACCCUCCCCCUUAAAUCCAUUAAUGCCAGCAGUAAAGUUACUUUGGCUACUCGGGGGUGGGGGGAGGAGAUUCUACUUUAAUUAUUCCUUUAGCCUGCUGUUUUUUAAAAUUUAAAGUAUAAACGUGUAUAAUAGUCGUCAUUAUCAGUUUUUUAUCGUUAUUAUUUCCCCAUACAACGUGUUUACACUUUGUAUCGUAUGUUUAACGUAAUGAUAACAAAAUCCAGACUAAGUGAUGAAAAUAACUAUACCUAUAUAUUAAAAUCCGUCGAAAACAUUCUGGACUAUAGUACCACGAGUAUAUUAUAGUGUUGCAGUUUAUGGACUGUUGGUGUCCUCGUGAGUCGGUUACUGUUAUCUAUCGCUUGCAGUAUACACGUGUAUAUAAUAGAACUAAGUGAAAUUUUAUAAAGGACCAGGGAGGGGGUGGGAGAGGAGGGAAUACGUUUACAUUUAAUAACAAAUAAAAGAAAAACUAUAAGUAUCAAAAUAUAACGCUCCAUUAGACCCAUCUGUUACCUAUACAAUAAUAAUAAUGUCAGUGUUUUUAUCGUCGUCAGCAUACUGCAGACGCAUUCUUUUCAGAGCACAUAACGUAUUCUGUCAGCGUAAAUACACUUUGUUGAAACCUCGUUCACCACAUCGUCGUCGUUGUGUAGAAUCGUCUAUAAGGUCAUUGAGCUAUUGACAGCCAGUAGUCGUUGUUCUUAAGACCUGUGCAUAUCUACCUGUAGUUUUUAUUAUUUUUACCUUUACACAAAACGAACUCAUCGUCACACCGGAAACGAUGUGACACUCCGCGAACGGAAACGGCACUGUUAUAAUAUCUCGAGGUGUUGCGUCUAAUUCGAUACCUUUUAUCAAUACCUAAUAAUAAUAAUAAUAAUAAUAAUAAUAAUAAUUUAUUAUCGAUGAAUGUGUUAUUAUUAUUUUAUAGUUAUUGUGACGUCGGAAUACGUAAAAUAUAGAGCAAACAGAGAGGGGGGAGGGGGGCUGACCACGUUUUUUCGGUUAACGUUUCACAAUAUUAUAUUCCAGUAACGGCAACAUGUCUGUAUAAAAAUAUAAGCGAUGAAGUCACGAAGUUACAUUAUUCUAUACAGUAUAAUAUAAGAUUUUAUUGUAUUUGUUUUCUUCCGAUUCGAAUUUAACAAAAUAUAAAUAAUUAUAAUGCGUUAACCUAAAUAUUAUUGUAUAGAGUUUAUUAUAUUGUUUAUAAUAUCGAACGACUGUCGAAUUUUUUUGAGGCGGUAACAUGAGCGGUGCAUGUUUCAAAAAUUUCGUUGCAAGUAUACAAAAAUACUAAAAUACCAGUACAGCAAAACAAUAAAUGAGUAGACAUAGACCGUAGACGUAUUAUAAUAAUAAUAUAUGGAUUGUGUAACUUUUGAACAGAGGAAUUUUAAGUGCUAAGUGAGGUCUCGUCACUAACAUUUUUUCAUUUUGCCCUAAACUCAAUAGGUAUCGGAUAAUCGCAAUCGCGGAAGUGCGGUGUGCUUUUGGCUGCUUAAUUAUACGUACAAGACAGACAGCGAAAUAAAAUUUGGUGACGAGGCACAAGGUACAUAAGUAUCAGUGUAAGUCCGAUUAUAUAAUAUGGACUUGCACUGUGUUGUAUGUGUUUCUAACAAUGUUAGUUCCCCGGAUCUCUCUUCAUCACUCAUUCUGCUAUCAAUCCGUUUCUUUUGUAGGUCUAUGUGAUAGGUUAAAGAAAUAUACGAUGACUAAUAAAACGAUUUUUCGAUAAGCAGUUCGCAAAAUAAUUAUCGGGUAAUUGUUCGUAUAAUAAAAAAUAUACAUAUUAUAUUCCGAGUAAACAUAUUUUAUUUUUUUUUGUUAAAAUCGAAUGUAUUGACUUUCAUAGGAACAAAUAACCGAUUAAAACUCAUCAAAGUAGCAAUAUGUACGUAAUCAAAUAUAUAUAUAUAUAUGUUAAUUGAAAAUUAAUCUAUUGAUAUAACUAUUUUUAGUUUACUGUUUUCUUGGAGUUUGUAUUAAAAAGAAAAACAAAUUAAAAUUGUUUAUUAUUUAUUUUUCCGCGUUUAAAUAUUUACCGAAUUGUGUUUAAAAGUCUCGCUCAUUACCAACUACAGUAUUAUCACUUAUCGAUAAAAUCAACAUAAUAUUAAAUUUUUUCAAAUACUCCGUUUGAUUAAAAACGAUAAUUUUGUACACGCAUUUAUUUUCUUAAUAAUAUGUAAUACAAUAUAAAAUAUAAUAUUAUUAUGCGUCGUCCUAGCACUAUAUUCAAAGUCAAUUAAAAUUAUUGUUAUCAUUUUCAUUGUAUCUAAAAUAAUGAUAAUGUUGGAAAAUUUAUAUUUAUAAAAAGUAUAAAACACGACAAAUGUGUAUACGUGUAUACAUAAGACUAAUCGGUUUUUUUCUUUAUCUAAAAUAGCUAAUAUAAAACAAUCAACGAUGAUCAAACAUUUUGUUAGAAUUAUUAGAGAAACUAAAAUGACCCACAGAAGACAUAACAAACUCUGAACAAUUUCUUUUUCUUUUUAGAUUCUGAGCGAAGCUAGUAAUGUAUUUGUUUUAUAAUGAUGUCUAUUUUUUAUUUCUUUACUGUGUACACAAAUUUCAUCAGAAAUCUUUCUUCAAUUUUCAAGCAUAGUAUUUUUUCUGAAAGAAAAUUUUACCUGGAUAGUACUUUAAGAAGGUCAUUUUUUGAUUUUUUACGUGGUUUUCAUAAUAAUGUCAUUGUAUCUUUGAUCACAAAAAAAAAAGUAAAUUUGAUAUAUUUUUAAUAGAUACAAGCAAUUUUAAAAGUACACCUAUACACUAAUACAAUACAUGCACAAAAUUUAUAAUUUAGUCCAAAAAGUUAAAGAGAAAAAUGACAUAAUAUUAAGUUGUAUAAAUAAAAAAAUCGAAAAAUUGAUUUCUGUCCCUGUGACCUAAGAAACAUUAACGUUAUUUUAAAAGUUUUAAAGUUUUUAUAUACAUUCAGAUUGAUUAACACGGCGUAAAUGUAAUAAUUACGAAUACAAAGUAAAUAUUAUGGACGUUCUUGGCCAGGGUUCAUAAAAAAAAAAAUUCAUUAAAUUGAGGGCAAUGGAUAAUAUACUCGAAUUAUUAUUACGAUGUGGUUUGUAUAAACGUUAUACACUAGAUUUUUUUCCCAGCGAUAACUGUACCUGUGUGCAAAAUCAGUAGUAUCGAUAAUAUUAUUAGUUAGCUUGCAGUCCUAACAACAACACCGAAUUUCCGAAUUCGUAUGUAGGUAAGAUAUACGUGCAUCGUGUUAUCUAUAUAGGCUAGUUUCCGAUUAGUCUUGCAAUUGAAGCGUUACUUGACGAAAAAAAUAUCGAAUAUUCGUCCUCCCCUCUACACACACAUACAUCGGCCACCACUACUGCUAUAAGAGAGGUCAAUCGCUGUGUAUUCAUUGCUUGCCUUCCCCAUCACGUCUCGGUAAAUCUACCGAAAAUCAUCAUAUGGUCAAAAGAAUAUUAUUUACUUCAAUAUUAUAAAAGACGCGGGAAGCUAUUUUGACAGCGACACAAAGCCGAAUGACAUUAGGAAUGGGGGAGGGGGGGAUAAACUAGGUCGAUGUCGUCGAGUAAUAAUUAAUAACGCGCCGUUCGUCCGGAUGUAUUUUAGCCCGAAAAUCGGCAUUUUACGAGAAAUACGAAAAAAAAUUACGCACAUAUGACAAUAUAAUGUCUAUGUAACAAUAUUGAUAAUUGAUAUAAAAAUAUAUAAAUUCAUAUUCCAAGUAUCGUGAUAUAUAAUUCAUUUUUAAUAUCUCGCCGUAAACGUCUUUGGACUGCGCCUAAUGGUUUUUUGAAAUUCUAUUUAGAACGUAAUAAUAUUACGACCAUCAAAACUGUAUUAGUUUGUUCGAAGGUUAUUCGAAACGUGUCGUAUAUCGUAACGCACAUUCAGUUAUUUGUUAUUACAAACUAUGUAUUGUAUUAGAUACGUAAAAUAGUAUACGUCUUGCAAUUUUAGUUACUAUAAUAUACUUACAGGGUAAUCCUGUGUACUUAUAGUGUAUAGGGCGAUUUUUUUUCAUUGCAAACCACGAACUUUUCGAGUAAAUAUCUGAAUUUCAGUGCUAUUUUACCCAUUACGUAUAUAGGCAAUUGUUUAAUGAUCUGGUUUUGUGAUAAGAUACAAAUUUUAUCCAACUUCAAUCCUAUAAUCGAGACAAUCUAGUAUUCUAUUUUGGAAUAGACGUUUACACAUAACACGGGUUGCUAUUUAUACAGAAUAAGGUUAAAAUGUUCAAAAAUUUCGUGUAUAAAAUCUGAGUAAAAAAAUAUUAAUAAUUUAUUUCGAGGUCUUCGUUCAAAAUCAUAUGGCUUAUUAUGCUGAUUUGUUACCACUCUGUAUAUGGUUUUUACGAUACACUCUAUGAAUAUUACUUUUUCUGUUUAAAAUAUAAUUUUUGCGUUGCAAUCCGACCGUGUAGACAGACGGUUUUGAAAUAUUUACACUGUUCGAACAGAACAGUAAUGUACACGUCUCUAAUUAAAAAAAAAACUAUAAUUAAAAUUCAUUAUUAUAUCUAUGUAAUCCAAAUGUUACCUCAAAAUACGAAGAUAUUAUCCAAAUCUAAUAACCUAACCUUCUGACGAAAUCAUUAUUAAAAUUACACCUUAUGCAACGUGAUUUUCAUUGUUUUUUUUUUUUUUUUUUCCAGAACGCCGUCACCACUCAACGUCAGACUUCGAUACUCGAACAGUUGAACAAAUAUUACUACUUCACCAGGACGAAGGGUCUAUUCAGAAUAUGCUACCCUAAGGACAGGCCCCCGACCGGUAAAUAUUAUUGUUGUGUUGUCAAUAAAAAUAUUUAUCCUAUAUAUAUAUUAGAUACCUAAUAAAAAUCGAUGUUUCCGUCGGGAUGAUGGAUGUGUUUACUAUUAUGGUACUCGAUACAUUUUUGAAAAUUCGAUACAGUCAAAUCGAUUUAUCGGGUUACCAGUCACGUUUGGGUUUUUUUUUUUUUUUUUGUUACACGCGGAAAAAUACAGUUUAAAGAAAACUCGGCUAUUGGGAAAAUAAUAAUGUAUUAUAAUCGUCGGUAUAAAUUCCUGUACGCAGGCAAGGCAAAAAUAAUAUAGUAAUUCGUACGACCGUCUUGUGUUACAUUGAAACGGUUUUGCGUACCCAAUAUUUCAAUCGGGUCUGAUAGAAUACUGCAGAACCGAAGGCUAGAGCAAUACUACGGAAUGCGAUCGUUUUGUUUUGUUUUUUUCGUUUGUGUUUUUUUUUUUCUGCACUGCGUUUCGUUGUACCGUCAUAACCUCUCUACUAUGUAAAUUAUAAACAACAUCGCGCCGUAAAAAUGUUGUUUUAUUUACACGGAGUGUACCUAUUAAUAUUUCGAAUAGCAUUUAAACAAUAUUAAUAGUGAAGAUGUGUUUUAUAUGCGUUUCGCACACGUUCGCGCAAUGUUAUUACAAUAAAAUUGUUGUGACGGAUAAUAAUCAGGGAUGGGUACUUGAAAAGUAUUUGAAAACGAAUAUCUAGAUACUAUAGAUACAAGAUACUGUUUACGUAUGUAAAGUUAUGUAAUGUCAGAAUUCAAUUGCCGUGCGCCGUGCCGCCAUUCAAAUGAUACUCUACUAUACUACGAAAAACUCAAAAGUCGAAUAUUUCGUCAACGGGUCAACGGACAUCAACAAUUUUAAUACCAAAAUGCAUUUCAACCGAUACUACUUAUAUUUAUGGAAUUUCUAUUACAGGUUCCCAUUUGUAAAUCUAAAGUAGGUAGUCGUUUCACUUCCAAGAAUAAGGGUGACCAAAUAGCGGCAACGUAACGUUUUAGAAUAUUCUGCAAUUACAAAAAGUUUGUACGUAAGUCGUUUUUUUUUUUUUUUUAAAACAAGUAUUCCAUGGAAAAUCUGACUGUAUCAUGAAAUUUGAAUUCUUGAAAAAUCUUAUUUGGGUAUAUAUUACUGUGUAGAUAUUAUGAGUGUAAUAAUUUAAAAUUUUUCGCGCUUGGCCGUUAAUAAUAUGUAGAUUUAUACUUCCUACGUUCGGUAACAAUUCCAGUCAAUCGACGGGCGACGGUUAUUACGCCGAGAUUAGAUAACUCGUGUUUAAACUACCUGCAAUAUAAUAACGAUUUAUUAUAAUCUGCUGGCAAUUUUCGUUCAUUUCUGGCCACGAACUGAAAACUCAACAGUCGAAUUCGUCGUGUAUGGUUCGUAUUUAAUUCGUUAUACCUACGCCCGACGAUUGAAACCUAAAAAAAAAAAAAAAAAACCAACGAUUUGUCCAACAGUCCUCGCCGGCGAAAUCCAACCGGACUGAAGAGACGGACGGAAUACAAUAGUGUUUUGCGCGUUACGUGCGUAUAAUAAUACGGUACACGCCGAUACGCCAUUGCGCAAAACGUCCGUAAAGCACGUAAGUGCGCGAUUUUCAGUUAAAGCGAAAAUCUCGGCUCGGCGAUGUCGUGUGCGGCGAACAAAAAACGCGCGUUUGUUGUUUAAAACACCGAAUACUGCAGAUGUUGGUGUGCGAAAUGCGCGGUAACGAGUACGUACGUAGGCGCACAUUGUAAUAACGACAACAAUAAUAAUCACGUAUUAUUUAUAGUACGGUACGACCGCGUGAGAAAUCCGGAUAGUCAUUUUUAAUUCGGGUAUUUAAUUUAUCGUAAUGUACUGCAGUCGAAUUUGCCGUGUUAUUACAAUACGAUUUUUCGGACCGGGCGUAUAAUAUCGCAUUGCGGAUUACGAAACUGUAUUCUGAUAAAAUCGCGCGCGCGUUGCGUAAUCAAUACGGUAAUAAUUACAAUUGCUUAUUAUGUUACCAUUUCGGAUGUGUCCGUUCACUGUUUUCGACUCGACGCACGUGCCUCACACUUCACUUCUUUUUAUUAUAAUUUUCAUAGAAUGCAGCCGGUUAUGCGCAGAGCGCGAUGCUCUAUUUACUUUGUCACAUAUUCAUUUUGCCAUGACCAUUAAUAACGAUGGACAUUAAUGCACCGCGCCGCCGCCGUUUGAAAUGUCCGUUUUAUUAAUUACCGCCGACGUUUCAGUUUUAGAGGACGUGAUGCCCGCAUAAUACGUGCUGUCUCCGUUCUUAUAAGCGCACUGCAUAACGGAUUUGCGUCGGACAGGGACAAUUCUGUGCCGUUCGUGCGGACGAGAUGUAGGCAUUAUUAAAUUAUUUUAUUCCGUGUACUCAUAUCUCCCCCUAUUAAAAAUUAAAAUAUCAAAACAAAAAAAUGGCACCGGCAUUGCACAGAUCGUGUUAGUGGACAAUAAGUAUAAUAUACUUUCGAUAGCAGGCCGUCUAUUCACUCUAGUGUUAAAACUGACAACCGCGUAUGGAAUGUACCGGUUCACCGAGUUUUAGGAUUUUCACCGGCCCAAAAUUAUACAAAAUAGAUCAAAUUGACAUAAAUUCAAUUAAAAACAAGUAGCAAUCACUGCGGGUUUAGCGGCCCACCGAGAUUUUCUCUGUAGCUCACCGGUUCAAUCCGGGCCUGUUGAUGUCGUCCCUGCUGAAAGCACAUUUGGUAAGUCGUACUUUGUUAGACGGAGACAAUACCUACGGGAAUCGCAUUAGGAUGCGUUUAGAUUAUGGUCCGAACAAGAACGAACGAACGACUCUAUGUAGACAGCCUGACCGAAGUCGAACAAAUGUUUUCGCUUUGUACUUGUUCGCAUGUCUAUUUGUAAAACACAGUAAGUGUCACUUAAUCAAUUUAGUAUUUACGUUUUAGAUUCUGAGUGGAGUUAGGAAUGUAUUGGUUACACUAUGAUCUGUGGUUUUUUUUUUUUUGUGUGUGCUUAAGCAACUUUUCUAACUGAAAUCGUGUUCUAGCGAAUGAAUGACAAAAGAUCUUUUUGUAGAAUUUUGGAUUUAGCUGGUGCAUUAAGGUCAUUUUUUGAUUUUCUUAGGGUUAUUAAAAACAAUUUGGGAAGACGACGUUUAGGAAAAAAGGACAAAUUUACAGCGUUACGUUUUUAUUAUUUAAAAUGUUUACGCUUCAUAUUUUCUAUCAGCAAUAUUUUUCCAUUAGAUAAACAACGCGAGAGCUAUUUUGUUGGAUUUUGGAUCUAGUUGGUAAGGAAGAAACUAAUUUUUUAAUUUUUGAUUUGUUAAUAAUUGAGGAAAACUGAAAUAAACGGGAAAGUUUACGAAAAUAAUGGUUUCAUUCUUUUUCAAUUUUGUUUUUUUGUUUUAAUUCUGUUAGACUUCAAUUUUUUUAGAAUAUAUAGACUUUAACUAUGUUCGCUAUAUUUGCGUUUUGAGAAUUUUUGAAAUUUAUGAGCAUUUUAUAUUUGUGAGUUUUUUUACGUAGUUUUUAUUCGUUAAAUACUAUAUGGAUAAAAUUGUUUUACCAAACAGAAAUGCUUGAUAAUUUAACUGGAAAUUCAUUAUUAAUCGUUCGUUGGGUUAUAAUUAAGCUGUAAAUAGUGGUAAAAAAAGAAGAAGAAUGUAAUACAGUUGUUAUUCUGUUAUAUAAAAUUGUUGAGUUCAAACUUUGACGAAUAUUGUUAAAAUUAUGGCAUUUCAAAACAUGUAUAAUCGAAAUUUUUCGUUAGCAAUGGUUUAUCGUUACUUAUAGAUAUAAAUUAAUUACUUAUUGCAUCCUACCUUUCCAACUUCCUACCUACAACAUUGGCACACCUGUCCCCAGUAUCAGUUCUUUUUUUUGUUUUUAUAUCGAUAUUAUUUAGUAAAUUCGAAAUAAAAUUUGCAAAUCGAUUAUAUUAUAGUGGCGCUUACUGUGUUUUACAUAAUAUAGACAGCCGCAUAGUCUAAACGCACCUUUAAAGGUGGGCGCUCUUUGCCUUUUUUCCUCCUAGUCAAACGUGAUCGAAAUAAUAAUUCCUAAGUAUAGGACAUAGGUAUUUAAUAAAAAUAUAAUAAGUAUACUCAUGGGCCACCUGUUUUCCUUCUCUCCGGCCAGCAGCUUGGACAAAAAAUAAAUAAUAAUAAUAACAAAACCAUUGUCGCAAUCGUAUAGCAGUAGUUAUAGUAGUAGUAGUAGUAGUAGUAGUAGUAGUAAUAGUAGUAGUAGUAGUAGUAGUAAUAGUAGUAAUAGAAGUAAUAGUAGUAUUAGUAUUAGUAGGUAUUUUCGCUCCGUUAUAAUAUUAUUAUUAUUAUUGCGUCACCUGUCCACGAAUUCCGCGGGCGCGCAGUCUCUCUCCCACGGAAUGGAAAAAACGACCAAACACAACAACAAUAGAGCACCGAGUUUUCUACGUGUACAUCUACCUACCUACCUACCUACCUAAUAUAAUAAUAUGUUGUGCUGCUGUGCUGUGUUGGUCAAGGAUCUUUGUUGUUGCAGCCGAGUAAAAAAAAAAAAAUAUAUAUAUAUAUAUAUUAAUACAAUAUAAUGAUAAUGAAAGAAAAAAAGAAGAAAGGGCCUGCGACUGCUGUUGUAGCCGACUCGCUUUCAUCCGAUUCUAUCACGUACCUAUGUAUAAUUUUAUUAUAAUUACAUUUAGAAACCACGUAACAUUUACACGUAGAUACAUUUCUCUCGCGACGAUUGAUAAAAAAGAGACGACGAAAACAAAAUUUUCGAUUAUUUUGUACAAUAGGUUCGAGUUUUCAGCUACUAAUUUUUCACUCAAAAACAACAUUAAACUUAAAGGCAUUAACUACCUUCGUUGAAGAAUAUUUGGCUUUUUCGAAACGUAAUAAUUAAGUUCGAUUAUUUUUUUCGAAAAUGAAACUUUUAUCGUUUUUUAUCCCGUGCAGAAUAAAAUACUUUUCGGAAGAAAAUUGACUUUCACAUGUUUUUUUUUUUCAUUUUGCUCGUCGGUAUUAUUUAUCUAUUAAGAUACAUUGAAAUGUAAUGUUGUGGUUUUUUUUUAUAAUCGCGCUGUUUUAAAAAAAAAGAAAAUAUACCUUAUAAUAUUGCGGUGGCGAUGAAUAACCUCAUUCGACCGGUUUCCUAGGUUUUUCUAGUACUAUUAUUACAUACUUAUACCUAUAUAGUCCAGGUUUAUCGUUUUAGAUUUUGUUUGGUCGCGCGUUUGUGGUCAGGCGGAUAUUAUUAUCAAUAUGAUAAAAAGUAGACGUUUUCAACGAGUUUUACUACUUAAAUUUCCCGACAAAAUUCAUCGGUAUAUUAUACAUCGCUAUUCUAUAAAAAGUUUAAAAAUGUCGAUUAAUACCACCGAAGUAAAUUAUACCGUAUCGUGUUAUUAUUUAUAUACUUAACCAAUCAAGACGUCAAUAUAUAAAUUCAGUAAAAAAAAAAAAAGGAAAAAAAAAACUGUAAUUUAUUCGUUAGCUCACUAUUAAUCAUACACAAUACACAAUCCGUUAUUUGCAGUGCGUGUCGUUUCUAAAUUAUUAUAUUACAGCGGACCAUCAAUAGGAUAAUAACAAUAUUAUAAUGAGGCAAUUUAACGAUUAUAUUUAAACAGUUACGAGUACUGUAAUUCAUAUUGUAAACUGAUUAUUUUUUUCUUUUUCAACCCGUAAACAUAUAUCAAAAGUAAUAAUCCCUCAUCACACCUAAUGCCGAUUGGGUUUUGACAAUAGUUCGGUAUUUACUAGUUUCUCGGUUUUCGAUAAACAAAAAUUUACUCGUCAAUUACCUGUUGGAUUUUAAAAAUGUUGAUGAUUAUUAACAUACUAUCUGUAUAAAUACUAUAUAAUAUGUGCUUUAGUCAUGACUUCUAUGAUUCACCGCGUGAAAAAAUGAUAUAAUUCAUACGGUUUUCUCGGAAGAAUUUAUUUUUCAUGCGUUUAUUAUUCAUUUAUGACGUAAUUUAUUCAUAUUUUGUACAGAUCACGACAGUAAUAAGACGAUAAGACGAGCUCGUAUAAUAUAAACAGUUUUGAUAAAAUGUGCGGUACUAUUCCGACUGUGAUUUUAAAUUUGAAUACCUUCAUUUACGUGUAUGUCACAAACACACGUUAAAAUAAUGACAUGAAAAAAACAAAAACCGAACAAAUUAUCUCAUAUAACAAUCUUUGUUUGUUGAUCACUUCAAUCACGACAAAACGCACGAAAUUAAAUAAAAACACUAAUAACCGACCCGGUUGCAGUAUAUAUAAUCGUAGUAACAAAUCAACAGUGUAGUAAUCGAUGUUCUAUUUUCUCGUUAAAAUAUUAAAUUAAAUUUACUAUAUUAGAUGGAAAAAUCGUAAAAAAAUAAUAACCUCCACGAGUUUAAGUUUCACCGUUAUAGAACUGGUUCGGUAGAAUUUGAGUUAAAUGAUAAUUUUUUUUCCGCACGGAAAUUCCUGUUUUCGGUAUGUACCGUUGCACAUUUACGUGCGUGUACGGAUGUUUAGGCAAAAUAAAAACUAAAGAUACAAACAAUAUAAAGGUAAUCGUAUUCAUAUAGAGUCAUCGUUGGGUGAUAGUCGAAGUUAAAAACCGUUUUGUCGACCCGACUUCGCAUUGUAUCGCGACAGUUCUUGCAAGUAUACGAUUCUGCAAAUAUUUUCGUGUUUUUGCGAAUUGCAUAACGAUUACGUUGUUAUACAGUAAUAAUUACGACGAUCAUUACAUUUCAAUAUUAUGUCAUUUACUAUGUCACUGUGUUGCUGAUAAUAAAACGAUGACCGAACUGAACCGGUCGAUUACAUAUUACUUUAUAUUAUUAUAGGCUAAACAACUACAUUAUUAUCGGUAUCAUUAUUUCGAAAAUUUUAAGGAUACAUUGACUAUUACUCGUUUUUUUUCUGUAUGAUAAAAUUAUGUGUUUUUAUGAGUAUUAUUAUGACUGUGUUACGCUGCAGAUAUAUCAAAAUCUGAAUGAUAUUUCGAAGCAUCAUUUUUGAAUUUCAAUUUGUACGAGUAUAAUAUGUACACGAGUGAUUUUUAUUUUGGAUUUUGAUUAUGAAAAUUGAUGGUUUUUUUACCAUGAUAAUUAUCAUCAUCAUAUAGCUUCAUAAAUCUGCAAGAGUUUUAGCUACCACUGUUAGUCCUCUCCCAACUCCCACGGUUCUAAAUCAUUUUCUUCAGUUCGUAACUUACAAUAUCUCUAGAUCUUAUCGUAUACCAUCCAUCCAACGUUUCUUUGGUAUGAAUACAAAGAUUUCUUGAAGUAUUUUAAGGAAGAGCAUCUCGACAAAAAACACGUAGGAAAAGAUGUAAUGAAGUGGGGGAAAAAGACUUAAGAAUUCUGAUAGUUUAUAAUCAGGAAGAAAAAUAGUUCAAAAUAAAGAUAGAUGACAAAGUGUGUAGUAAUGAGGUCAAAAACUCUUAGUGAGUGUGUAUGUCAGUAGUCGAAGAAGACAAAAUCGAAAACAGCAUUCGAUUUGGAAUAACGAAUUUCCGAACAGAUAUUUUUUGGCUGGAAGUAUCGUAUUAAAUUUCCGUAGAUAAUUUUAAAAUGCAUAUAAAUGUUGCAGUUGAGAAAAUUAAAUUCCGAAUUUCCUGUGUAUAUAAGCGUAUAUAAUAAUUUUAUUUAGAAAUAUACACGUAAUAACCGUCACGACUAUAGGUAUAGGUGCGUUUUUAGCACGAAACCCAUCGACGGCAUCCCCGGGGCUCGUGAGGUUGUUUUUUUUUUUCUAUUGGGAGCGUCAGCAUCAGCUGCCGCUGUACCGGUUCUCUGUAAGAUGUUAUAGUCUUGUCCACAUUCCGCAACCGGUUCCGUGCAUCUGUGCCCCAUUAUCGCUUCUGUAGGACGUAACCCAAGGUCACGUUUAGUGGCACAUUGUGUGUGUGUGUGUGUGUGUGUGUUUAAAGGUAUACUAUGCUUAUACUCGUAUAGGAGAAAAGGACGAAAGAAAAAGCCACGAGGGAAUUGCACCGUCGGUAUUUUUUCCCCCUAUACAUUUCCUCGUCGAGACGAUAUUUCUCUUUUUUAGUUUUACCGGCCGACGUAGAAAGUGGUUGCGCGCUGUGCAACUGUAGGUACUUAUUUAUAGAUAUAAUAUUAUAUACUUACGUGAGAUUCGUGAUUUCACACUGUUUGCCCGGUUAAAUGUAAAGUGUAUAUAUAAAAUGAACACUAUCAAUAUAGAUAUCUAACUAUGGGUACGGUUUUUUUUAAACGUCUGGGAAAACAAGUAAUGAUAUGAUUGAAUCAAAAAAAAAAAAUUAAGAUAUUUUUUUGUUUGAAACUGUAUAUUACACUAAGCGUGGACCUGGAAAAAAAAUAACACAGAUUGUCUUAUCGAAACUACAUCGUACACUUCACAGCAUGUUACGGUUAAGAAAAUUAUAUCUCGGUGAGGUGUUUUAUAGCGAUAACGUCAUAAGUGUCCUAACAAAUUGAAUUGAUCUGCGAAUUUCAUUUUCGCACGUUUCAUACAACUGCAUUUAUGGGUGAGUGGGAGGGGGGUCUGAAUAAAGCGAAAAAAUCAUCAAUCACAAAAAAUGUACUAUUCGAUUUAUUAUUAGAAUUUAAUUGAUACAUGAUUCAUACUCAAUUUUUAAAGGUUUACUUAACGGUAAUUUUGAAAAAAAACCAAAUUUAACUUUCGUAUAAAUUACAAGUCUCAUAUUACCAUAAUAAGUAGAGAUUCAUUAUAAUAUUUUUUUUGUCUAAUAGUAAAAUAUUUGAAUAAACACGAAAAUACCCUUCACUGUUAGCAUUUUAUAGCUAAAACACCAACAAAUAUUAUAAUUUAUAGGUACAGAGGGCUAUAUAUUGUUUCGAGGAAAUGUAAAAGUGAAUUUCUUAAAUAACUAAAUCGAUUUAUUUUAUUGAUCAAUAUAUUUUGAAAAACGCAUACUAUUAUGAUGCGAUUCCCUUCGAAAUAUUGAUCUCUUUGUCCUUUAUAGUUGGUAUUUUAGCUUUAAAAUCAUUUGAAAAGACACUGUUGCCCCUGAAAAUCAUGGGUGAGAAGUGUACUGUUUAUAUCAAUGUAAUAAAAAAGAGUUGAUACUGGAGAUGGAUACAGCUGCUGUUGUAGGUGAGAAAUUGAAAGGGUAUAGGAUACAAAAAAUUAUUUAAUUUAUAUAUGUACCCAAUAAUAAGCUAUUGCCAAAGAAAGACGAUUCGGAGCGAACUCCGGUAAGGCAUAUUUUGAAAUUCCGUAAUUUUUACGGCUUUAGUCAACAUUUGGUCUUAAAAAAAAACAACUAACGCAUUGAAUUUAAAUUAAUUGUUUUUUAAAUCGCCAAGUACAAUUUAUAAUGUACUUUGUGUUAAAUUUUCAAACAUUUUUCUUAGGUAAUAUAAUUUUAAUAACAAACACCUACUAAAAUAUAAAAAUACAUUAUAUAAAACACGAAAAUAACAAAUACCUUUUAUUGGUUUUAAAAUAUCUAUAAUGUUUUGAAAAUUUGAACACUGUACAUUUUAAGCUGUGGCAUACACUGUUUACGCCAUAAUUUAGGCCCGCCAAAAAGUAUAGUAUUUAUUCUAUGAAUUUUUCACAACUCCUAAAACCAACUAGAUAACGUUUCGGGAUUGGACCGAACUCGAAUAUAAGAUCUGUAAAUACAUUAAAGAGCAAGUCGUCUUCUAUACUAUUUCGAUUUUAUAAAACGACCGCCGAAAUUAUAUUUUUCGGAGCUAAUUAUAACAUACCAAAUGAAGUCAUCCAAUGUGGCCUUUUUAAGACGUUAUAUCAAAAUAUAAAGAGCACGUUAUAAACGACUGACUCGGGAUUAUAAAUGUUUUAAUUUCUCGCGCGAACUUAUAUACAAAUUACAGAUGUAUUAACAAAUUGCGUACUUGUAUAUCAGUCGUAAAUAUAUGUUCCGUGUUAUGGAGCUCUCAAAUACGGUAUAGGUACCAUAAAAUGUUUUAAACAGGUAUUUUCGGUUAAUGUAUUAUAAUUUGUUAACUCGUAUGCGUUUUUGUCUAGGUUUCCGUGUACAACUUACGUGAAUGCCAUAAAAAUAUUACGUUAUUUCCUCAAAAAAACACGCAAAGUUUGUCGUAGUUUUUUGAUCCAAAAACCUAACGAAUUGCACCGUCCUACCCGUGACGGUAAUAAAAUAUAAUAAACGACUUAUACAGGUUAAAAAAAAAAAAAAACUGUUUAUUAUUUUUAUCCGCGUAUAAAAUAUUAAUUUUAAUUACAUUAUGGUUUUUAAUAAUACCGACAUCCGUCACGUCAUCAUCACACAAGACGGUCAAAAUAUUAAAAAAAAAAUACGUCAUUCCAAAUUUGAAUUGACUUAAAAAACCAAAAAAAAAUAUUACUCAGGUUUUUCGAUUUUUAAUUUUUAAAUUUUAGAGUUAAAUUUUGGGAUUUAGAGUCCGAUAAGAGAAAGAUGAUUUUAUAUAUUAGGAAAAUUAAAUAACAGUUAAUUUAACGUACCGGCAAUUAUUAUUACAAAUUAUAGGUAGUUUAAUCAAUUUAACAUUUUAACUACUCGUUUAAUUAACGAACAGAAUACAAAUAGUUUCUUCUUUUUUUUCAGUGGAAACUUAUCUUAGUCCCGUAGAAACACAUUGCAUGAACGUCGAUUAUUUCUUCUUGGACACCGACAAUCAAACGCACGAGUUUUCUGAAGACGCCAUGACUAGAUUACGUAAGUCCGCAACUUGUUAUUUUUUACCUAAUUUUUUUGUUUUUUUUUUUUUUUUGUUUUUGAUUUACUCUCGUUUUGUAUAGAUAUGGGCAGGUCGACUAUCGCUCUGUUCGUGGUAAGCUUUUUUGUGAUGUUCAUCGCUUUUUGGACUGGAGUCGCGGGAUGUUGGAGAAGAUCGCCGGGGAACAUCACGGCUACUGCGAUUCUAGUGUUGCUUGCGUGUAAGUUGUUAAUUUUCGGUUUUAUUUUAUUUUUUUAACGUGAAAGCCUAUUUAAUAGUCUAAUAUCACUCGGUUUUCAGGUCUAUUGAGCGCAGGAGCUAUGGGAUUCUGGCACGGUGUGGAAUACUACGAAAAGGAGCGUGUCGUAGGAGAUGAAUUUUACCAACAGUGGACUAACGUGAGUAUAUAAACACAUUAUACGGUAAUCUUAUUUAAAGAUUUCAUAGUCCCGUUUGAUUAUUAUUAUAACACUGUCGAUUUUGAUUCCGUCGCAGAUACUCAAGGAGAACACUCGCAUAUCUUAUGAUUGGUCGUUCUUCAUGGCAUGGACCGGUGUCGCAUUUUCGUUAGUGUCUGCCAUACUUUUCUCCGGUGCUGCCAUCUGUCUGCGGGGUGAACGCGAACGGGAAGAAGCCCUCAACAUGCAAUACUUGAUGCCUGGUUAGUAUAAUUAUUUGGUCGAGUUGGGGUAGUAAAAAAAACGAGAGGUGGUUGAUCAAAUUGGAUGAUAUAGACGUCUAGGAAUAUUGAAGGGAAGGAGAAACGAUGAUAGGAAGUCAAGGACAUUGUUGAGAUAAGUGUAUGUAAAAGCCUUGGAAGAGAUCGGGUAAUGAAAAAUUGGCUUCAGUUCUUUGGGUUUUUACGGGCAAUCAAAGGCAAACACGAAGAAGAAGAUGUACUUGUUUAACAUAAUAUCAAAAAAUUCCACCCAAAUAGUAUAAAAGGUUACUCGGAGACACUAUUAGAAAUACAUUAGUUUUGUACUUGUUUUUUUUUUCGACCGAGGGCACUAUAAUAAUAUUGUAAAGAAAAGGAAACCGACCUAAUAAAACCGAUUUACGGUAAUAAUAUACAUACCUACUGGCGGAUCGCGGCCACGUCGACCUCGAAUCGAGAUUUAAUGCGAACUUUUUCAUCGCGAAACUCGGCCGGCCUCGACCUUGUUGGACCAUUAGAAUUCGCCAACGAAUAGCGAGUACCUAUUAAUUAUGAUAUGACUUACCGCACCCGUGGAACACAAAAUGCGAUUAUAAUAAUAAUAUAAUAAUGGUAAUAAUUAUUUUUAUUGUUUUUGAUUUUACUGGGAACAUUAUACGGCAAGUCGAUUGUUAAUACGUAUUAGUAAUAAGAGAAAAAAAAAGUGGUAAUACUGGAGAAGAGUGCCCCUCUUGUAGGUAGGACGUUGAGAAGAUAAAGCACAUUAAGUUAUUUAAUUUCUAACCGCAAGUAACGAUAAACCAUUGCUAAUAAAAAACGAAGUAAUAAGCGCAGCUUAGUUAUACAUAUUGUUUUGAAAGGCCGUAAUAUUCACGAUUUCCAUUACAUAAAAAAAAAAAACAUUGAACUUAAUUUUUUUUUUUUCUACAUUUCUUUUUGGUCUGACAAUUUUAUCCACAGAGUACCUACUGAAUAAAUAUUAUGUAAAAAAAUGUCAAUAAAUAACCCAAUAAAUGGCUCGAAUGUUUUCAUAAUUUUACCACGACUAAAAAAUCCGAAUCUAAAAUUUAAGUCUGCGAAUAUUUCUAACGGAAGUACAACAAAAAAAACAAAAUUGAAAAUAAUAAAAGAAUUAUUACUUAUAGUUUCGUCAAUAUUCCCGUAUUUUCUACGUAUUUGUUGGUUUUGCUCAAUUAUUAAGAAAAUCGAAAAAAGACUAUUUUGAUCAUAAGCUAGAUUAAAACUUUAACAAAAAAGAUUUCUUGCCGUUUUUUAUUGGAACAAUAUGUAAGGUAGAAAACAUAAGUUACAAAAAUGUAAAAUCAUGAAAUCAUUACGUUUAACGUUAAAUUGUCCGUAUAUCCCUUGUUUUUCCUGGUGUUUCAAAAUUAUUAUAAAAACCGCUUAGAAAAUCAAAAAAAUUAAUUCUUAAUAUAUCAACUAGACAAAAUUUCCUUUUAAAAAAGGUGCUACGCUUGAUAUAUCGAAACAAGAUUUCUGGUAGAAAUUUUGUACACAGUAUAUAUAAAAAAAAAAAAUUAAACAUUAUUAUAAAACCAAUACAUUUCUCGCUUUGCUCAGAAUCUAAAACAAUUUAACUAGGAAACUUGCAACUUUAUAUGAAGGAGACAGGGAUGGGUGGUGCGUUGAGGAAUAAAUUAAAAUCGGGAGACAGCUGGUAACGUAUAAGUGAGGAUAAAAGUGAAAAAACGAGCAGUUGAAAAUGACAAGUUCGAUUGUAUAUUACUCACGAUACUUACGAAAAGAGAAUUUUGUUUAUCUUGCUAUACUAGAAACCUUUAAUACAUUUCUUACCAGCUGUUUCCGCUAAAUUUUUCCAUCUGUACAUAUCUAUUCCUGUCUAUGGAACUCGCAUGUAUACUCUGCAGUACCUAUAUUUUGAACUGUGGUUCUAACCGUAAACUCCGAAAGAUUUCACCGAUAAUAACAAUCAUAUGUAUAUUUUUCUCUGACAGUGUACCCGCAAAAACAACAGUAUGCAUACGCCGGAUACCCGACACCGAACAGUUAUCCUUCGGGACCGUACUAUCACGGACAACAACCACAACAACAGUACGCUGGCCACUACAAUUACUAGUAGACGAUCGUAAUCGAAUCGGUUUUAAAUCAUAAUAAUGUAAUAUUUUUUUAACUCGCGUCUGGCCAAAAAAAAAAAAAAAACCACUGAAAAAAAUGCUAUUCUCUUUUUAAUAUACAUUUUGGCCGGAUACCGUAAUAUUAUUGUUAUUAUAUAUAGGUACUGUAUAAAGACUAUUGUUUUACGAUCGUAUAUUCUAGAGAGAGACUGUAUUAUAGUAUUACCUAUUAUACGCUUUAUUUUUGGUAUAAUGUGAAGAAAACGCAUUCUCGAAUUCUGUAUACGAUCGUAAAACAAUGACGAUUUAUUAUUAAUUAUUAUUUAUGAAAUAAUAUAUACCUAGCCGCGUCUCCAGAGGCUUGAACAUUAUAAUAAUACAUAAUUGAAUACACCUAUAUAUUUCAAAUAUUAUAAUCUACAGAAAGAAAUAUUAUUUCACCUAUGUUGCUCAAAAAAAAAAAAAAAAAAAAUCCAAAUAUAAUACAUUUUUUUUUUAAACUAUUUAAUCUAGCGUUAUCUCUGUUUGAAUAAUAUUAUUAUUAGUACUUACGAAUUAUUAUUAUUAUUAUUUUUUUUUUUUUUAUUUAUGCAUCAUCGUUGUGUAUUAUAAUUAUUAUUAUUAUUUAUUGAAGAGCCUUAUUAUAAACGAUAUUACAGACUAUGCGUUUAUAGGCCCGAAAAAAAUAAUUCUCGAACAUUUUUAUCGUAUUAUAAUAAUAUGGUUAGUACCUAACACUGCGAUAUAAUGUAAAAACGUUAACUCUAAGCCAAUUAAUUUUAUUAAAUAAUAUGAAUAAUAAUGUUUUUGUAUAAUUAUAAUAUAGAUAGGUAAUCGUUUAUAUACGAACACAUAAAUACACACGUGCACACACACACACACACACACACACACACACACACACACACACACUAACUAUGCGUUCAUCUGAAUCUCAUCGCACUUACAACUACAGUUUUAAUGAUCUCCAAUCCACUUUUUUUUUUUUUGUAUUUUGAAACUCUGUGAGUUUGCCAUAUGCGCCGCGAAAAUAUCAUGAAUAUUAUGUUGUCGUUUAAAUCCGCUGCCGGACGAUUACCUAUCCAUAUUAUUUAUUAUGUUAUAAUAUUUUAUUAUUACAUACGUUUUUUGCAAAAAUUCGAUUUUGUACAGAAAUACGUUGUCGUAUCGUUUCCAUGUCAUAUCGAGAGUAUUUUAAUCAUUCGAUAUAUUUAUUCGUAUAUGUAUUUUAAGCGUGUAACAGCGAUAAGUUGUGUACAUUUAUGUUUGUUUUUUUAAAUAAAAUAUCAUUCCUCCGACCGCCA